CCGUGCGUCGUUCGCAGCUGUAGUUGUCGCCCGUCGAACAACCCCCGUCCCGCGGCUCAUCCAAGAUUCGUAUCUUUUCCGACAGACCACCCUCCCCCGACCAGUACGCGAUAAUUUCGUUUUUAUUCACUACUUUUUGAGUGAUAAUAAUAUAAUAUCGUUGUACGUCGUCGGUCCGUCGGUCGCGUUCUUCUCAAGCAACCGAAUUUAUCACGUUAUUAUUCGUAAUAGUAUCCGGUCGGGCGCGGUAAGCGUGUAAGAUUUUUAAAGAAAAUCCGUGAUUAUAAGAAAACACUCGGACUCUCACACAGUCACACGUACACUGUCGCGCGCGCACGCUCAGGCACACUGCAGAUAAUAAUAUUACGUCGUGGUUAAUAAUAAAAAUCUAGAUAGUGCGAGACGCGAGUGGUUUUUUGUUAUUAAUUAUUUCUCAUCUCUCAUCACUUCGUCAGUGUGAUACCAGAUCGUGUCGUUGCCGUUUCGCGUUUGCGUAUUCGCUUGCCCCGUGUGACGCAAUCGGUCGAGCAUUUUCUCUACGUCGCCGCUGAUACGGUUUCGCGAACAUUCGUUGCUGACGAGUUAUUUUAUUUAAUUUUUUUCUUUCCCCGACUGGAUUCCCGGCUACACGAGACUACCGACGACGAUCAUGUCGCUGAACACUGCUCACGUCCAAGGCGGUGGUUGCCUAAUACACGCAGGCGAAUGCAUUAUCUUGUUUACUGAUGCUGUUACAAUUGACUUUCAUGGUCAGGAUGGCAGAGCAUUUCAUGGUUCAAAAGUGGGAAAACUGUUUUUAACUACUCAUCGUUUGAUUUUCAUCAACAAAUCUGAUAAAGACGAGCUUUUAUCAUUUAGUAUGCCAUUUGUUACUCUUAAAGAUGUGGAAUUGGAACAACCAGUAUUUGGAUCAAAUUAUAUAAAAGGUAAGGUACGUGCUCAACCUAAUGGAAACUGGGUUGGUGAAGCAAAAUUCAAAUUGAUUUUUAAGAAGGGAGGUGCUAUUGAUUUUGGAAGAGCUAUGCUAAGAGCCGCAUCAAUGGCUAAUAGUAACUAUCCUCAAAUGGAUAAUCCGCCAGCCUAUGCACCACCUGAAGGUCCAUACUAUAUGGCUGAUGUUCCAUACGGUGUACCUCCUCCUGGCUAUUAUGGAUGGAUGCCUUCAACUGCAGCUUUUCCAGAUGCACCACCUCCUCAAUCUGUCUAUAGAACUGAUAUGCCUCCACCAUAUCCAGGUAUUAUUGGUUUCACUGGUAAUCCAGGUUAUGCAAGCGCUCCACCUGCACAAACAGCUCCACCUCCACAACUUUUUAAUGGACAAGAUACAAAAGCAGCAGAAGCAGCACAAAGUGCAUACUUUGAUCCCAACCGACCACAAAUGGCUUAUGUUCCACCACCAUCAUACUAUGAACUCCCUCCACCUUACAAAGAAGCUGAAAAUAAGAAGAAUGAUUAAAAUUACAAA